AUGGACCCUGUGGCCUUCAACGCCUACACGGAAUUCUUCACCCACGCCCACAGCAUCUGUCGACACCUGCAGAGUGAGAGCUGGCAACACCAGGCUGAGAACACCAUCCACAGGCUAACAGAGAGCUCAGCGGGGGUGGUGGAGCGAUUGUCCUCUACCCAGCGUAUGGCUGAGAGCCUAGUGGAGGCCCAGAGAGUUGCCCUCAAGUCACAGGAGACUAUCCUACGCAACGGGGAGGAACUCAAACACACUCUCCACCAUUCUACCCAAGGCAUCAGAGCAGUAUUUGAUGAGAUGAGACUGUCAACCCAGGAGCAACAAGUAGCAUUCGCAGAGAUCUUCAACCGCGUCACUUUCCUCCAGAGUUUCAUCAUGUCAGAGUCUCACACCCUCUCCAGUCUACUCUACAACUCGCUGGGGUUCCUCGUCUCCUUCUUCCUCACCUCGACACAGCGGACUGCUCCAGCCAGGUUUGUCCUGUUUGGUCUGGUAGUGCUGAAUGUGUACCUGGAGAGGAUGCUCUGUAGAGCGGUGCUGGACUCCUCGGAACCAGGCUACCAGCAGAUGGAGCAAAUCAGCCUGUUGGUGGGCCUCCUCAGAAGGGCCAUGGUUCUAGUGGGUCUAUUGGCUCUGGUCUACGUUGCUGUACGGUAUCGUAACGUCACCAAAGAGAGCCUGGAGAUCCUCAGCCAACUCAAAGAGACCCGUACAAGUCUUCAGCUGGCCCUGCAGAAAGCAGGCUGGCAGUAUGACAGCAGUCACAGCACCCUUGGAGGAGAGGAGACCUCCAACCAGACCCAACGUACCCUGCCCAGCCCUGCAAGACCUCAGCGUCGCUCCUCUGUCUCUAGACGUGCCCCGUCCUCCCCUUUGGUCUACAGUAUACUGGUGGAGGAUAAGCAGAGUGCAAAGAACCUUGGCGUGACCCUGAACCACACCCUGUCGUUCUCUGCAAACAUCAAAGCAGUGACUCGCUCCUGCAGGUUCAUGCUCCACAUCAUCCGUAGAAUUCACAACAUACAUACAUACACAAUAUUUAUAAUAUACAUACACUAUAUUUACACUAUACAUACAUACACUAUAUUUACAAUAUACAUACAUACACUAUAUUUACAAUAUACAUACAUACACUAUAUUUACAAUAUACAUACACACACUAUAUUUACAAUAUACAUACAUACACUAUAUUUACAAUAUACAUACAUACACUAUAUUUACAAUAUACAUACACACACUAUAUUUACAAUAUACAUACAUACACUAUAUUUACAAUAUACAUACAUACACUAUAUUUACAAUAUACAUACAUACACUAUAUUUACAAUAUACAUACACACACUAUAUUUACAAUAUACAUACAUACACUAUAUUUACAAUAUACAUACAUACACUAUAUUUACAAUAUACAUACACACACUAUAUUUACAAUAUACAUACAUACACUAUAUUUACAAUAUACAUACAUACACUAUAUUUACAAUAUACAUACAUACACUAUAUACACACACAACAUACAUACAUACAUACACUAUAUUUACAAUAUACAUACACACACAACAUACAUACAUACACUAUAUUUACACUAUACAUACAUGCACUAUAUUUACACUAUACAUACAUACACUACAUAUACACUAUAUUUACACUAUACAUACAUACACUAUAUUUACAAUAUACAUACAUACACUAUACAUACACUAUAUGUACACAUAUACACUAUAUAUACAUACACAUACCAUAUAUACACUAUACAUAUAUACACUAUAUAUACACUAUACAUACAUUAUAUACAUACACUAUAUAUACACUAUACAUACACUAUACAUAUAUACACUAUAUAUACACUAUACAUACACAAUACAUACACUUUAUAUACAUUCACUAUACAUAUAUACACUAUACAUACAUUAUAUAUAUACACUAUACAUACACUAUACAUAUAUACACUAUAUAUACACUAUACAUACAUUAUAUAUACACUAUAUAUACACUAUACAUACAUUAUAUAUAUACACUAUA